AUGGAGACUGUAGCAAGCUCAUCUAAAGACAGAUCAGCCGAGAUCGAUCGAUGCUUAUCCAUGAUCGCUCCUUCAGCCAGUAACGAAUCGAAAUUCGUAGGCAUGAUGAUCUUGCCAAAACUACUCGAAAAAGACAACAUGAAGGAUAUUGAAAAAGUGUUCAAAGGCAUGAAUUUCAAAUUUCUAGAACGUCUUUUAAGAACAAAUCAAGUGGAAGGAUCUGAACUCCCCGACAGCAUAUUAAAAGAAAUCGCUGUGAAUGUGCUUAGCUGUUUUGCACGAUACGAAAUGCUAGCAAGUGAGAAAAAUAUGGUAGAACGAAUUCCAGCUCUUUCACUUCUUCUGUCGCCACACGAUCAGAGUGAUGUAACAAAGGAAGUCCUGCAGAUCUUGCUUCAUAUUGCAGUGAAAAAGGAAGGGCUUGUGAAAAUGUUGGACCCUGAUGUUUUGAAAAAUGUCUUUGAUGUGCUUUUGAAUACACAAAAUAAGGAAGAGAGGGAAAGCUGUACAGAGUUGAUCAACUCUGUUUAUACUAGAUCAGCGCAGUUACUCGAUGAAGAAAAAAUCCCAAGCUUGUUUUCCACUGUCAAAUAUUCCCUUAAUACUCUUCUAUCCAUUUUAUCAAACACAUUGAAUAAUUAUCAAGAUCUGUUAAAAUUUGAAGCUCUGAAGAUUCUCAGUACAGUUUUGCCAGCCAUUACAGUAGAGAUGAUGACACAAGUAAAAUUAGAACAAGAAAAGAAAAUAGAAUCAUGGUUAGAUAAUUUAUUGAAUGGAUUAAGACAAAUUUUAACAAGCAAACUGAAUGAUACAUUAAGAGAUAAUGCCAUGCUUCUUGUCUCGGCUCUUUUACGUCAUUUUGGCAAUGACUGGCUAUUCAAAUCAUUACAGGACACAAAGAGUGCUAAACGAAAGAAAGAAAAGGCUGCUACUGACAAAGCGUCUGAACCCGCUAUGAAGGCCUAUGCAAAGGCAACAUUUCCUUUCUUGCUUAUCAAUCUUGUUGCCAUUGAAGCCAAAGUCAUGUUAGAUGACAUCAAUGAUCGAGUGGUACGCGAACACAAUGAAGAAAAAACCAUCAUCCAGCAUGAAAGACAGGCGCGUCAAGAAAUGAUGAUCCCUGUAUACUUUGAAAUUUUAGAAGCUGCUAUGGAAUAUUUAGCUUUCAACUACGAGUCAAACGGCAUGGAUCCUGAGCUUUUGCUCAAAAUUCGUACUACUCUUUCAGAAGUGAUGGAAGUCGUGUCGGAAUUGUUAAAGUUUUUGCAAGGUACAAGAGAGAGCUUAGACGAUAAUUUGAUUGCUCAAGCUUGUAUUCGAAUGAUAGCACUUUGGAUGGCAGAAGAAGGCUAUGAAAUGCCUGAAUGA